AUGAGUCUUCCACCAGGGUAUAGGGUUACCGGUGAAACGAGGAACGUGUGCAAAUUGAAAAAGGCGUUGUACGGGUUAAAGCAGUCUCCUCGGGCAUGGUUUGGUAGAUUUACCACAGCUAUGAAGAAGUUUGGUUACCAACAGGCUAAUACUGAUCAUACUAUAUUCAUUAAAUAUGGGGCUGGUAAGGUGACUUUAUUGAUUAUUUAUGUUGAUGAUACUGUAGAAAUCGAGGAAUUGCAGAAACGUUUAGCAUUUGAAUUUGAGAUGAAAGAUUUCGACAGUCUGAAAUAUUUUCUAGGAGUGGAAGUCACUCGAUCUAAACAUGGCUUAUUUCUUUCACAAAGGAAGUAUGUCAUGUACCUGCUAGCAGAUAUCGGAAUGCUUGACUGUAAACCAGCUGAUACACUUAUUGUUGAGAAUCAUAAACUUUGUGUUUAUGUGGAUCAGGUCCCAACUAACAGAGAAAGAUAUCAAAGGUUAGUUGGGAGAUUGAUUUAUUUAUCAUUGACACGCACUGAUAUUGCUUAUGCUGUAAGUGUUGCUAGCCAAUUUAUGCAUUCACCUAGUGAGGAUCAUAUGGCUGCUGUGAUGCGUAUUUUGAGUUAUUUAAAGUCUGCUUCUGGGAGAGGUUUAUUAUUUAAGAAAAAGGGUCACUUGGAUAUGAAAGGUUACAAUGACGUAGAUUAUGCCGGGAAUAUUACAGAUAUAUGUUCUACAUCAGGUUACUUCACCUUUGUUGGUGGUAACUUAGUUACGUGGCGUAGCAAGAAACAAAACGUUGUGUCUCGGUCCUCCGCAAAGUCUGAGUAUAGAGGGAUUGCCCAAGGGGUUUUGUAA